GGGAAAGGAAGGAGGCGGAAGAGGGAGGGAGGGAGUGAGAGAGCGCGGUGGAGAGGGAGAGAGAGUCGUCGGCGAUUUGGUGACUCGAGAGAUUUCUCAGCUUGUCGAGAGUCGGAGACCAGCUUGUCGAGAGUCAGAGACGGAGACAAACGAGGCAUUCUCGUUCGAUUAUAGUCAGCGAGGUUAGAGAGGGUAAGAGCGUGGUGGUGGUUCCGGGAGGUAUAUGGGCAAUGGCUGAGCCGGAUUCGAUCGGUGCAGAGAAGGAGAACAAGUUAUGGAAAGGUUUAUUUGCGGUCACAGGGAUUAUGGCAACUCUUGUCAUCUAUGGUGUUCUACAGGAAAAGAUAAUGAGAGUACCAUAUGGGAACAAGGAGUACUUUAAGUACUCUUUGUUUCUUGUUUUCUGCAACCGGCUAACUACAUCAGCUGUCUCUGCUGGUGCUUUACUGGCAAGCAAGAAAGUUUUGGAUCCUGUAGCUCCGGUUUACAAGUAUUGCCUUAUAUCAGUGACCAACAUCCUAACGACCACAUGCCAGUAUGAGGCCCUCAAGUAUGUCAGUUUCCCUGUCCAAACUCUGGCAAAAUGUGCCAAAAUGAUCCCUGUAAUGGUCUGGGGAACUUUGAUCAUGCAGAAAAAGUACAAGGGAUUUGACUAUUUUGUGGCUUUUCUGGUGACCAUUGGAUGCUCUAUCUUUAUUCUUUUUCCGGCUGGAGAUGAUAUUAGUCCGCACAACAACAGAAGGGAAAACACUGUUUGGGGUGUUUCCCUGAUGGCUGGUUAUCUUGGGUUUGAUGGCUUUACCAGCACGUUCCAAGACAAACUCUUUAUAGGUUAUAAUAUGGAGAUACAUAACCAAAUAUUCUACACUACACUUUGUUCCUGUGUUCUCAGUUUUACCGGACUUAUAUUGCAAGGACAUUUUCUAGCAGCUCUAGACUUUGUUUCCCGGCAUAGGGAUUGCCUCUGCGAUAUCGCUUUGCUAUCCACAGUGGCAACAGCGAGUCAGUUCUUCAUUUCUUAUACAAUUAGGACAUUUGGAGCUCUCACUUUCGCAGCCAUAAUGACCACGAGACAGCUCGUAAGCAUCAUGCUCUCAUGCGUAUGGUUCUCGCACCCGCUGAGCUGGGAACAGUGGAUUGGAUCCGUCAUUGUUUUCGGAUCUCUGUAUGCUAAAAACUUAUCGAAGAACAGAUCACAGAAGCCACCACUUCCCAAGGCUUCUGAACUUCCACGGGACGGAGAGACCGACCCUCUAAAGGGACUGCCCUAGCACUGUAAGAAUUUCCGCUUAUCCUUUUUCUUUUUUGGCCCCCAAGAAAUUUGGCUAUAUCUAUAACAAACGGUAGUCAAGUUAGGGGUCGGAUUGAGAGCCCUUUUUUAUCCCUUUUUGUUCAUUGUUCGAUAAUUUAUCCGUUCCGACCCAGCUUGAAAACAGUACACUCUACUCAUUGGAUCGGAUUUCGUCUAAUGCACACUUAACAUCCGUAAGUUUAGAUAUCAUUGAAUUUUAUUUGUU